AUGUGGAGGUCACCGGUCCGUUUCUCAAAUAAUUUGAGAGUUUUGCGCCAUAGAAAGUCCACUGAACGAUGUUUUUCUUCAAGUGCAGUACAAAUUCAAGAUGAUGAAGUGCACUAUCCACCGGUUAAGGGAAAAUACCCUCCAGGUGACUGGACAGGAAUGGAACGAGAGUAUGUGUGGCAGAUGUACGAGCGGGAACAAGAGUUGUUGGCGAUUCCAUCAGUACAAGGGCGUAUCAACCAUAUAAAAGAAAUCCAGAGAGCCCCUAAGUGGUUAUCAAGAGAUCAAAGAUUUGCAUGGUUCUUUGACGGCAAAAGUCUUGAGCCACGUCUGCUCAACUACCAGUUUGACAAGACAAAGACACUUCCCAUAGAUGGACUUCCUAGUAUAUAUGACAAUGUUGAUGUAAAAAAUGAACUAGAAGUUAUAACUCCAGUUGUUAAAGAUAUUAUAUUGAAUGAAUGUGAAAGAGUUAAACGAAGAUCAGAUCUAGCCAACCCUAUUGGAAUGAGCAAGGAAAAAAUUUCAAAGCUGUUGGUAAAAAGUUUGAUUGUGAAGAUUCUGCCAUACUUGUCCAGUAUUCAUUCUCACUUAUUAACAUCAGAGUUUUCGGAAGACGUUUUUCAACAAGCAUAUUGGGAUCGUUAUUCUGAAACUGGGCUUGUUGCUGAAAAACUUAAAGAGAAAAGUAAGAAUAAAGUGAUGAAAUUCCAGGGAGAAUAUAAGACAAGUUUUCAGUUGAAGACCAUGCAGCCAUUACCAGAGUUUGUAGGUCGAGAUUCAGAGACUUGCGUUGGACAGGAUUACCCAAAGUGCCCUUAUCACCCUGUAGUAAUGGGGCAAUGCAAAGAGAAAUGCACACCACACUUUUUACCGGGUGUAAACAUUGGCUCUCCAUGUGAGUUUGGGUAUUUGUCAAUUGAGACUGUGAACUCCUACAAGUUAGACAGAGCAGCUGCAGCAUACCGUUCCAGUCCUGAAAUCAUCCCAGAACUCUGGCAAGGAUUUGCUCUCAGUUCAUCCUUCCUUUCAACUGUAGCACAGGCUCACUACCAAGGGUUCAGUACUUACCAUGAUAUGACAUAUCCUUUAACAUCACAGACCAUUGUCACAGAUGGCAGGAAGUUUUUGUUUGGUGCCUACCAACUGAACACACUGCACCUCUGGAAGACCGACGAAAGCAAUCCUAUCUGCAAUCUGUUUUGGCAUACAGAGAUGGAUAUGUUUGAGGGAGUGAAGGAUGGCAAUAUCGUAGGAUUCAAUGACAAUGUACUUCAAACUCUUCUUAAGUUCCUAUUAUUGGGCACACCAGAUCGAGGCUACAACUUAAAGCCAACUAUCUCUCAUAUUGAACCAACACAAACGAUAGAGGACUUUGUACCUAGGGAUGAACUUGUAGAUGAUGAUGAUGAAAUCUCAUCUUCAGAAACAGAAAUAGAGAAUGAAAGCAUGGAUUGAUAUGUCGUAACAACUUAAUAAGAAACCCAAACAAAGCAGUGUUGGACUUUUUAUCUCCCCUAAAUGAAGUCUUCACUUAGAUUAAGGAAGUAUGUUGUCAUAUCUUAACAAACAACCCAGACAAGGGGGCAAUGUUGAACUUUUUAUCUCCCCUAGAUGAAAUCUUCACUUAAAUUAAGGGGGUAUGUUGUUAUAACUUAACAAACAACCCAAACAAGGCAAUGCUGGAAUUUUUAUCUUCCCUAGAUGACGUCUUCACUUUGAACCAGCCUAAGGAAUUAUUUUAAAUUUUGUACUUAGUUAGAAGCCGUCACAUAAAACCAACUUAGGAAUGAAGGACUUAAUACAACAUGUAAUUCAUACUGUAGGAGGUAAUGACAGAACAGUAUGGAAACUGGAUGUAUGUAGGUUACAGAGAACACAGUACUUUUACUUGUAUUACACUUCUUUCAUAAAUAUUAGACGAUUCACAAUAAUAUGUAUUUCUAAAAUUGGCUGUUUUAUUUUCAUUGGGUCCAAAUUUAUGCACCUGUCUGUUUGUCCAUCUAUCUGUCAAUCUAUCUGUCUGUCUGUCUGCAGUGUCAUAUUCAGCAUUAUUAAUCUAUGAAGUGAUUUGAAAGGGGGUAAAAAUCAGCCCUGAAACUGCAGAAUUUGGUUUGUGUAACAUGACUUGUUUGUGUAACAUAUAAUUACACUGAAAGUUAGUGAGCAUGUGCAGUGUACAAUGACUGAAGUAAAGUAUGAAAGUAAAUAAAGUUUAUUAUAUACAUGACCAAAAUCAUGUGUUUCUGACUAAACACUUAU